UUGGUACGACUGAUCGUGGUGGUGGUGGUGGUGGUUUUGGUACGACUGCUCGUGGUGGUGGUGGUGGUGGCUGCUGGUGCUAGUUGUACCGGUGGUAACCCAUCAUGGACCCGUGGGGAGCGAACGAUUCUCAAGAUCCUCCGCACGGGGGAGUGGAGGUUGCGCAAUCAAGCGAGCAGCAACAGCAGAGUAAGAAGUUGACGGCGUUCCCCACGGGUCAAGAAAUCCAAGUUCGUCUCCGACGGAUCUUCACACGGGAACUGGCCUUUAACUUAGCCGUGGGUCAGCUGCUGUCGCUGCUCAUCUGCGGUACGGGCGUGUGCAGCCAGUACCUCCAACAACACGGAGUGGACACCCCAGUGUUCCAGAGCUUCUUCAACUACGUGCUGCUGCUCCUCGUGUACUCGGGCAUGCUGGCGCUGCGCCGCGACGACGGAAACUUGCUGGACGUGCUGAGGGCUCGCGGCUGGAAGUACGCGUUGCUGGCCCUGGUGGACGUGGAGGCGAACUACCUGGUGGUGAAGGCCUACCAGUACACCACACUCACAAGCGUGCAGCUGCUGGACUGCAUGGUCCUGCCCGUGGUGUUCGCCCUCUCGUGGUUCUUCCUGCGCGUGCGCUACCGCGCGUCUCACGUGGGCGCCGUGGCGCUCUGCCUCGUGGGCGUGGGGGCCAUGGUGGGGGCCGACCGCCUCACGGGGAGGUCUCAGGGCGAAGCCUCUAACCGCGCGCUAGGAGACACGCUAGUGGUGGCCGGGGCCGUCCUCUACGGACUGUGCAACGUGUGCGAGGAGCAGCUGGUUCGCUCCCGGGGCCGCGUCGAGUUCCUGGGCGCAAUCGGCCUGUUCGGCACCCUCAUCAGCGGCGUGCAACUAGCCAUCACCGAGCGCAACGCUCUCGCCAGCGUGGAGUGGACCUGGAGCGUUGGCCUCCUGUACGUGGGCUUCGCCUGCUGCAUGUUCUCGCUCUACAGCCUCAUGCCCCUGGCCCUGUGCCUCACGAGCGCCGCUUCCGUCAACUUGGCCAUCCUCACGGCCGACCUCUACAGCCUCUUCCUCGGCACCUUCCUCUUCAAGUACUCGUUCUCAGCCCUCUACAUCGCCGCCUUCCUCAUCAUCACCUCCGGGCUCAUCCUCUACUCCGUCAGGCCGACGGCGGAGGCCGCUGUGACCGCCCGCCCAGCCGGCCCAGCCGGCCCGGCCGGCCCGGCCAUGCCUGGCGAGGAAGCGGCGGCGGCGGAGGAGGGGGGGGGUGGCAGGGGUGGGGGGAGAGGUGGCGAGGAGGUGGCGGCGGCAGCCUCCACCAGUGCCGGCGGCAGGACGGACGUCCAGUACGGAGUGAGCUGCGACUCGGUCCGAGUGAUUGGCCUCGAGUUACCGACGAUUCGCGGCUCCCAGGCGUAACGCGGCGCGGUGGUUUGCCGGUGGUGGUGGUGGUGGUGAUGAUGCUGUUGGUUGGUAUUGCUGAUGUUGCUGGUGGCGAGGUUCGGUGCUGCCAGUGAUGGUGGUGGUG